AUGGCGGAUCUCCUUCAUUCUGCAAUCCGUUCGAUGUCACUGGAAGAUGAUGAACCCAUCAAUCUCCCGGACGACCCCCGUUUCAAGGUGUUUGACGCCAACUCUCUGAGUUUACUGGGGAGACUUCUCAACCCUGACAGCCAACCCAUGGCAAAGAUGAUUGAAGCAAUGCCGAGAAUCUGGAGAGUGUACAACAGAGUUCGGGGUAUUGCACUUUCCAAAGACAAGUUUCAAUUCAUCUUUGAAAGAGAGGAAGACCUGGAGAUUGUUCUGAAAGAUAGACCAUGGUCCUAUAAUCAUUGGACAAUGCUUUUGGAACGAUGGACGGCUAACCCACCGGCGGAUUUCCUCACCAAGUUUGAGGUGUGGAUCCAGAUUGCUAAUAUCCCAAUGAAUUUUUAUACUGCAGAGACAAUGUUUGAGCUGGCUAAGGCUGUUGGUCAUCCGGAGGAGAUUGCAUAUGACCCCAAGCGAUCUCAGAAAACGGAAUUUGUACGAGCUAGAGUGACUUUUGAUAUCUCCAAACCGGCAAGAGAUUUCAAGGAUUUAAACUUACCCACUGGUGAGCGAGUUGUGAUCCAGUACAAGUACGAGAAACUGAGGAAGAAAUGUUUUCAUUGUCUGAGACUUACUCAUGAAAAGAGCUCUUGCCCUCAGCUCCGUAAAUCUCAGCCCAGGGGAAAUCCUGACCUCCGAGCCUCUUUGGAAGCCAGACGAAACAUUAACUUUGGUUUGUUGACGGCACCAGUUACCACCAACAAAGCAUUGGAGGUUCCUCCUGGCUUUUCCCCUUUGUUACCUGGGCCCUCACGUGAAGGAAAAAAUUCGAAUCUUCGUUUGGUAACGCACGCUGAGGAUGCAGACAAGCUUGUUCGAAUCGAAAGGGUACGUCAACCGACCAGGGAGGCGACUGAUGAAUCUAUGGUAAAGUUACCCAUGUUCACCACCCAGCUGGACAAAGGAAAAGGACAUGUCUUUGGAUUUGAGGAUUCCUCUAACAGACUUAAGCGUCGAAAUAUCAACAAUGAGCGACCGAUAUUCUCGGCUCCGGGCCAAAAUCCAUUUGGAGACUCUGAUACUGAAAACUCCACGGCGCAUAGCUUCCCUCUUACGGCUCCCACUCGAUUUCCAACGGUUUUUCGGUUAGGCUCCGGUACACAAGCCUUAACGUCCGGGAACUCGAUGACUGGCAGGAAAUACAGACGCAGACCUCAAGCCUGGAAGAGAAGACCUCGGUCAAAUAUCAGUACGCCCACAGAAAAUGGCCUCUUGCCGGAAAACACGACCAAGGAAGGGAUGUCGAAGAGGAAAGCUGGUCCUCCUUCUGUACCCUCUCCUUCCAAAUCUCCCAAACCCAGCGAAAAGACGGUGGCUUCCAGUUUGAAGCCGCUGCAGUCCCAAUGA